UCAGUCAAGUGAAAUACCUCGGCUCUAACGGACUACAAGAUCUGCAGUAUUUCUAGUAUCCUGCAAUUUGCGCCUUAAUUGUGUUUUAGUAUUGACUAAAGAUCUAAAAAUUAUGUUCCUCUUGUACUUAGUAUUGCUAAUAGUACCUAUUAUUCUGUGGGGAAUUUUGUUUGUGAAGCAAAGACAUCGAUACUGGAAGGAUCGUGGAGUAUCAUAUUUAGAACCAAGCUUUCCUAAAGGAAAUCUUGGGAGAUCUAAAAAGACCGAGCACUUCUUCGAAUUGACCAAAAGACUUUACUUUGAUCUGAAAACCAAAGAAAGAAAUGGGAAGCCAUUGGGAGGAAUUUUCGUAACAAUAAGACCAGCUGCCAUGGUUUUAGAUUUGGAUUUUGUAAAAACCAUGUUUAUGAAGGACUUUCAGUACUUCAAUGACCGUGGUUUCUAUUUUAAUGAAAGAGAUGAUCCAAUUAAUGCAAAUUUACUGACUAUGAAAGGUGAACCCUGGAAAAUACUGAGGCACAAAUUAUCUCCAACCUUUACAAGUUCCAAAAUAAAGCUCAUGAUGCCAACAAUGGUGGAUAUUUCAAAACAACUUAUUAUUCGACUCAAUGAAGAUCUCAAAAAUGAGAAUAUUUUAGAACUUAGUGACUAUUUUUCACGAUUUACCAUUGACAUAAUUGGAAGUUGUGCUUUUGGAAUUGAAUGCAAUAGUCUCAAAAAUUCAGAUACAGAAUUCCUUCGGAUGGGAAAGAAAGUGUUUACUACAUCUAAAUCUCGCUUUUUGAAGGUACUGUUCCUAUCAGUGUUCCCAGAAAUAGCCUACAAAUUGCAUAUGAAAGAGACAUUGAAUGAUGUAGAUAAGUUCUAUACUGGACUUAUAACUGAAAUAGUGGCUUACAGAGAAAGGAAUAAUAUACAGAGGAAUGACUUUUUAAAUUUAUUAAUACAACUUAAAAAGAAAGGUGAACUAGAUGACAGCUUCGGAAAGAACAGUGAGGGUCUCACUCUCAAAGAAGUCAUCUCAAAUACUUACAUAUUUCUUCUGGCUGGAUAUGAGACUUCUGCGUUGACUUUGCAGUACUGUUUCUUAGAACUUGCUCAUAAUCAUGAAAUUCAAAAUCGUUUGCGACAAGAUAUAAAAGAUGCUUUUGACCAAUGUAACGGGGAGAUAACUUAUGAAGCUAUAAUGGAACUGAAAUACAUGGAUCAAGUCCUUAACGAGACGCUGAGGAGACAUACCCCUGUUGGUUUUCUUGUUAGAUAUGUCUCUGAUGACUACAGAGUAGAAAAUACAGAUCUGGUUUUAGAGAAGGGUACAGCAGUCAUAAUCUCAACUUUAGGAAUUCAUCAUGAUCCAGAUAUCUAUCCGGAUCCGGAAAAGUUUGAUCCGGAACGAUUUAGUCCUGAAGCAAUAAGUUCUCGGCAUCCUUGCACAUUCUUUGGUUUUGGAGAAGGUCCACGGAAUUGUAUUGGAUCAAGAUUUGCAAUGUUAGAGAUGAAAAUUGCAAUUAUUUACCUGUUGAUGAACUACAAAUUCUCGCUUUGUGAUAAAACCAAAUAUCCUAUUGAAUAUUCGAAUACCAGAAUAAUCAUGGCACCAGCUGGUGGUUGUUGGUUGAAAAUUGAAAAACUCUUAAAAGAAUAAUAUUCUCAGUGGUACACUCGUAUUAAACAUUAACCUCAACACGUUGCGAGCUUACUGUAUCCAUAUGGUCCAGUAUGUGUAUCAAUAUUUUUUGAAAAUACAUUCAAUAGAAUUGGUUUCCUGAAA